AGUUGCGUACGUGCGUACGCGGCCUGGCGGUGGGGACCCGGAUCGGCGGCGGCGGCGGGGCGCGGCGGAGCUCGGAGCACUUGGAGCGGGGCCCGGGAUUCCCGGGGGCUCCACGGCCGCCAUCACGGAUUUCCUGUGGGAUAAACGCACCGGGCUGGCUGCGAGGACGAUGCCUCACUCCCGAAGGUACCGCUCGUCGGAGCGCAGCAGCCGGGGCAGUUACCACGAGCGCUACAGGAGCCGCAAGCACAAGCGGCGGCGGACGCGGUCGCGGUCCAGCAGCAGCGAGCGGGACCGGCGGCACCGGCGGGAGGACAGCUACCACGUUCGCUCCAGGAGCUACGACGACCACUCAGCAGACAGGAGGGCCUAUGACCGGCGUUACUGUGACAGCUACCGGCGGAACGACUACAGCCGUGAGCGGGGGGAAGCCUACUAUGACCCCGAGUACCGUCACUCCUAUGAGUACCGGCGCUCCCGGGACCGCGAGGGCAGCUACCGGAGCUGCAAAAGCAGCCGGCGUAAGCACAGGCGGAGGCGGCGCCGCAGCCGGUCCUUUAGUCGCUCCUCAUCGCAGCGGAGUCGACAGAGCAGCAGAAGGGCCAAGAGUGUGGAGGACGACGACGAGGGGCAUCUGAUCUAUCGCGUCGGCGACUGGCUACAAGAAAGAUAUGAGAUUAUUAGCACCUUAGGGGAAGGCACGUUCGGCAGGGUGGUGCAGUGCAUCGAUCACCGCAGGGCUGCUGCCCGUGUUGCUCUCAAAAUCAUUAAAAACGUCGAGAAGUACAAGGAGGCUGCUCGGCUGGAGAUCAACGUGCUGGAGAAGAUCAACGAGAAGGAUCCCGAGAACACCAAUCUUUGCGUCAGGAUGUUUGACUGGUUUGACUACCACGGCCACAUGUGCAUCUCCUUCGAGCUCCUGGGGCUCAGCACCUUUGAUUUCCUGAAGGACAACAACUACCUGCCUUACCCCAUCCACCAAGUGCGGCACAUGGCCUACCAGGUGUGCCAGGCUGUGAAAUUUCUGCACGACAACAAACUCACCCACACCGACCUCAAGCCAGAGAACAUCCUCUUUGUGAAUUCCGACUAUGAGCUCUCCUAUAACCUGGAAAAGAAGCGGGAUGAGCGGAGCGUGAAGAGCACAGCCAUCAGAGUGGUGGACUUCGGCAGCGCCACGUUUGACCAUGAGCAUCACAGCACCAUUGUGUCUACCAGGCACUACCGAGCCCCAGAAGUCAUCCUGGAGCUUGGCUGGAGCCAGCCCUGUGAUGUGUGGAGCAUUGGCUGCAUCAUCUUUGAGUAUUAUGUGGGUUUCACCCUGUUUCAGACGCAUGACAACCGGGAGCACCUGGCCAUGAUGGAGAGGAUCUUGGGGCCAAUUCCGUCUCGGAUGAUCCGGAAGACGAGGAAACAGAAGUAUUUCUACCAUGGCCGCCUGGACUGGGAUGAGAACACCUCUGCUGGGCGCUACGUGAGGGAGAACUGCAAACCACUGCGGGACCCGGCGCUGCUGCCGCCGGGGCCCGGUCCCGAGAGCGCGGCGCUGGACGCGUACAACCCGUUCGAGAGCGGCACGCCGCCGCCGCCGUACCAGGCCCCGGCCGCGCAGCCCCCGCGCAGAACCAGCCCCACCGAGCCCCGCAACUACGGCUCCUACGGCACGCAGGCCUCGGCGGCGGCCGCCACGGCCGAGCUGCUGAAGCGGCAGGAGGAGCUGAACCGGAAGGCGGAGGAGCUGGACCGGAGGGAGAGGGAGCUGCAGAACGCGGCCCUCGGCGGCACCGCAACGAGGCUCAACAACUGGCCCCCGCUGCCGUCCUUCUGCCCCGUGAAGCCCUGCUUCUACCAGGACAUCCCGGUGGAGAUCCCCGCCGACUUCCAGAAGACCGUUUCCACCAUGUAUUACCUGUGGAUGGCCAGCACCAUUGCUCUCUUCCUGAACUUCCUGUCCUCGCUGGCCUGGUUCUGUGUGGAUCCCUCGUCUGGCUCUGGCUUCGGGCUCUCCAUCCUCUGGGCUCUCCUCUACACGCCCUGCUCCUUUGUCUGCUGGUACAGGCCCAUGUACAAAGCCUUCAGGAGUGACAGUUCCUUCAACUUCUUUGUCUUCUUCUUCGUCUUCUUUGCCCAGAACGUGAUGUAUGUGCUGCAGGCCAUUGGCAUCCCCAACUGGGGGUUCAGUGGCUGGAUACUGAGCCUGAUAGCGCUGCGGAAGAACACGGCCGUGGCGGUGAUGAUGAUCCUGGUGUCCUUGUCCUUCACAGCAGUGGCUGUGCUGGGCAUCAUCAUGCUGAAAAAGAUCCACUCCCUGUACCGCCGCACGGGCGCCAGCUUCCAGAAGGCACAGGAGGAGUUUGCUGCCGGGGUCUUCUCCAACCAGGCCGUGCGCAACGCGGCGGCCAACGCGGCUGCGGGCGCUGCCACCAACGCCUUCCGGGCGCCCUAAGGCAGGGCCCCGGCUCCUCGUCGCACGUGGGCUCUUCCCGAGGGAGAGGAGAUCCAGGUUGCACUGUCAUUGGAUCCCCGUGUGUCUGCAUCAGCUCUCAGAGGCUGCCUCAUCCCAGCUUGGAAGUGCUGGUGCCCGAAGCGUUUGCUGCUCUAACCCCUUUCCUCACGGAUGGAGGCUGCGCUGGUUUGUGCUGGUCCCUCCCCUCAGCGGACUGGGGAUGGAGCGGGGUGGGAGGUGCUGUGGCCAAGCCCUGUGUUUGUUCAUCGCCCUCCCUUCCAGCACUGAGCUGCUGGGGGCAGGAGGCUCCUCCAGAUGUGUGACAGGGACCGAAAUGGCUGCUCCCAUUCCUUGGACAUUCCCGUUUCCCCAUCUGUCUGCCCUGGGUUCCCCUUGUGCCCCCCCAGGUUCUCCCUGGAGGCUUUUCCCUGCCUUCUCUCUGCUGCAGGACCCGAUUCUCUGCCAGGAGCAUCGUCCGUCCCCUGCUUUCCCCAGGAGCUUGCUCUGGUGGUGGUG